ACAUCCAUGUAUCAUGUAGGAGGGUUGUAUUCAUACAUUUUUGAAUUGCAUUAUUGGUGAUGAUCCCGCCGCCCCCAUUAUCUUCAAUAAAUAUGAACCCCAACGUUCCGCUCUGCUGGGUAAGCUAUCAAUCAAGUCGUCCUCUACGAGUAGCAAGAGUUGAAUCGCACCACUGAGCCCGAUGGCGGAUACGGGGUCCGAACCAUUAGACCAUACACACACACCUAGUGCUGGCCACUGGAUCAACGCCAUCGUUUGGGUUCUCAUUAGCCUCGCGACAGUAUUUCUAGGACUUCGAAUAUUCUGCAAGUAUAAGAGGAACAGGGGUCUGUGGUGGGAUGAUUGGAUUUUAAUAGCGUCAUGGCUUGUUCUUAUUACUGCGGGUGUGAUUUUGAGUAUCAGCGUCGCUGCAGUAUUCAUCGAACAUAAUGAAGACGAUCGGAUGGGGGCUCAUGAUGCUGGACUACUCACCACCAUCGUGGGAACCCUCUUCUUUAUCGCAGCGAUAUGGAGCAAGACUUCUUUCGCGAUUACACUUUUCCGGAUCGCAGGACCGAAGUUGAAGAUUGCCCUUCGUAUGAUCAUGAUCUCUAUGAAUGGGAUUACUUGUGUCAGCGUAAUACUCCGGUGGUUGCAGUGUCGCCCGACGAGGUUAAUAUGGGAUAGCCAAGCCCAUGGAACUUGUUGGAAUAGAAAUGUUAUUCUCGGAGUCACCAUCUUCGCCUCUUCAUACUCCGCAUUCAUGGACUUUGUUCUAGCUGCCCUCCCGUGGCCCAUCAUCAUUAAAUUACAGAUACGUACAAGUGAGAAGAUUGGCAUUGCUAUCGCUAUGAGCAUGGGUAUUUGCGCCGGCAUAACUGCUAUCGUCAAAUCCACGAAGUUUGGAGUCCUUAAGAGUAGUGGAUUUGCUGACGAUGUCUUUGAACUCUCCAUAUGGUCCGUCGCAGAGAUUGCGACCACAAUCAUGGCAGCGUCAAUCCCCGUUCUUCGCGCACUUGUCCAUGAAACAGCAAAAACCAACGGGCAUCUCAGCCACCCUGUCGCGUACAUAAAGGAUCGAUCGCGAGAGGUAGCAAGUAGGGUACUGAGCAAUCACGCCUCGUUACCAGCGCCUAGACGGUCCAAAAUAGCAAGUCAAUACGACCAGAACGCGAGCGACGACAAAGCAAAUCUCAAUGAAACCAGUUCUAACCGCCAAAUCCUAAGGAUAGAAGAGGUGCAUAUUCAAUUUGCAGAUAGGGGGAUUAAUGAUAGUAUCGAUCUUGAGUUAGAACGAAUUCCGCGGUCUUAUUCACCUGGGAUAUGAUAAUACUAAAUUCUGGCGCUUCAUAAUUAAGAAUGAGAAGAAUUCU